ACAAUCCGCCAGCUCCAUAAUGGGGCGUACGUUUAUCAUACUGCUUGCCUUAGUGGCAUCGACAUUGGCGGGACCAAUUAUUAACACAGGAUCAUGUUCAACACGUUGCACAGAAACAAAGAAAUUUGGAUAUGAAACCGGAAAAACCUACGAAUAUGACUACACAACCGACGUCGACACAACAGUACAAGGGGCAUCCGAGGAAAAAGCCGGAGUUCAGUUGACUGCCAAAGUUUACAUCGAUGUCGUCUCAAAAUGUGAAAUGAAUCUUCGGCUUGACAAUGUUAGACUAUUGGAAUCAGACCCUAAAGCGCCUGAAACACUGAUAGAUGCCGACAAAAGUGGAGAGUUCAGAACUAACCUUGAGAAAUCUCCUUUGGCAUUCUCCUUCCAAGAUGGCCGCAUUGAAGAACUUUGUACAUCCAUACCUGAGAAAACAUGGGUACUAAACAUCAAACGUGGUAUCCUCUCAGCAGUUCAAAACUCAAUGGAUGACCUGACACAGGAUCAAACAGUCCAAGAGACCGACAUCACUGGGGAAUGCAAAGCAGCCUAUACUGUAUCUAGCAAUGGAUGGUACUCCAGAACAAUCAAGAAGAGCAAAGACUUGCUUGGAUGUACAGACAGACAUGGAUACAAUACAAUGAUGCAGGGAACACCAUACAAAAUUCAAUCUGAAAUUCAGUCUCUGCCACUGAUAAAAGGUACCCAUGAGUGUUCACAAGACAUCAGCAAGGCUGGUAUACUACAGAGCAGUGUAUGUGAAGAAGAACAUGUUCUCCGACCAUUCUCAAGGGAAUCCAGUGGUGCUAUAACAAAGACCAAACAGAUAUUGAAAUAUGUAACAGAAAGAGUAUCAUCGUCUAGCUCAAUUUCGAUUGGACACCGCGUUCCAUUGACGUUUGUGCAUUCUAACGAUGGUAGAGGUACAAUCAGGGAUGUCAUGAGUAAACUGAAUGAAAUUUGUGUAUCCACAUCUGACAGUGUGAAACCAGAUACUCCACUUUUGUUUUCUGGACUGGUUAGACUGAUGAAGGCUUUAGAAAGUGAUGAUCUGGAACAGAUUUACAGAAAAGUAAAAGGAACCAUGUUCUGUGCAUCGAAUCAAAAGAGAGUUGAAAAAUUCUUCCUUGAUGCCGUUCCAAUGCUUGGAACAAAAGCUUCACUGAGACUGAUUACUAACUUGAUUAACAAGAAAGAAGUUCGUGGAAUCGAAGCAAAUAUGUGGCUAACAACUUUAUCAUUCAUCAAAGACCCGACAAAAGAAAUGCUGAAUGAAGUCAAACCACUCAUAUCAUCUGAGGACAAUGAAGCGGCUAUGCUGGGUGUUUCUUCACUCGUAUAUGCCUACUGCAAGACAAAUGAAUGUGAAAAUGAUGUGGACAUCGCAAGUAUUGUUGCUUCUAUAGAAGACAAGAUUGGUGUUGGAUGUUACGUAGACAAAAACAAUCUUGGCAAGGUGAUCCGUAGUCUUAGAUCACUUGGAAAUGCUGGAUUCGUUAGUAAUUCCAUUAGAACCAUCUCUAACUGUAUGACCAAGAGAGAGAAUCCCACUGAAGUCCGCCUUUCUGCUAUACAAGCCUUCCGUCGUAUGCCAUGCACAAUAAGCCGAGACGACGUCAUGGCAAUCUUCAGGAACAAAGACGAGGAUUCCGAAUUGAGAAUUGCUUCUUACCAGGCUCUUAUGACAUGCCCUUCAGAUAAUGUCCUGUCUCGUGUUAGAAAUGUACUUGAAUCAGAAGAGGUCAACCAAGUUGGUUCUUAUGUAUGGUCUCAUUUAACAAAUUUAAUGGAGACUUCAAGCCCACUGAAACAAGAAAUAAAGAAUAUCAUCAACGACCAGGCGCUGAAGAAAGAAUUCGAUCUUGAAAAACUGAAAUAUUCCACAAACUACGAAGGCUCCUUCUUCCUUGAGAAACUAAAUACUGGAGCUUCUAUUGACAGCAAUGUUGUGUGGUCUUCAAAAUCUUUCUUACCAAGAUCUGCCAUGACUAACAUAACAUUCGACCUUUUUGGACAUUCCGUCAACCUAUUAGAAAUCGGUGGACGAAUGGAGGGCCUUGAAUAUUUUCUUGAAUCUUACUUUGGACCUAACGGAUACUUCCAGGAAAAUGAUGUCAAAGAAGUCACAAAACAGAACAUAAAAGGAAUCAGUAAUACAAAAAUGGAAGACAUUGACAGACAGUUUGACACAGAAUCUGACUCAUUAAAAGGAGAUCUGUACAUGAGAGUUUUUGGAAAUGAGCUACUGUUUACCAGAUUCACCGGACUAAGUGAUAUCACUGAUGGUAAAUCAAUAAAUAUUCUUGACAUUCUUACCGCUCUUGCCAAGAAACAAGAAUACUCCUUCACACAAAGCUACGUAUUCUUGGAUAGCAGUAUCAUCAUUCCAACAAUGGCUGGCUUCCCAUUAAAUUUGACCAUUAAUGGAUCAGCUACCGUUGAUCUACGUGCCUCUGGUAAAAUGGAUUUGACAAAAAUAACAGACAGAUCACCAAGUCUUUCUUUGGAUGGAUAUAUGAAACCAAGUGGCGCUGUCCAGAUCAACAGUAUGAUGAGCGUAGAUGCCUUUGUAACAAAAAGUGGAAUAAAGAUGGUUUCCACUAUGCACUCCUCCUCUUCCCUCGAAGGACACGUAGAACUGAAAAAUGGAAAAGUACUAAGUGCACAGAUCAAAACACCAUUUGAUAAAAUGGAAGUUUUCAAUGUCAAGACUGCUUUCUUCACUGUCCAUCGUGAAUCCGAGAGAGAACAGAAAAUGAUUACUGCUAACAGACAGACUAAGAAAGUAUGUUCUGGAGACAAACUCGCCAAGAUUACCGGACUGGAACUCUGUGCUGAACUUCAGUAUUCAAACGCAUCAUUGGUAGCCGAUGCUCCAUACUUUCCAAUGACAGGACCAGUUAGUGCUGGACUCACUCUUCUAAAACGUGACACACAUGAAAGUUACAACAUGGAAUACAAAUUUGUAAAGGAUAAACAAGAGGCCAGAGCUAGAGUAGCCUUUACCACCCCAGGUUCUAAGGUAGACCGUGAAUUGAGUUUUGAUUGUCUUGUUCGUUCUGACCCUCUGCUUGAAAUAAGCAUGAUCUCACCAUGGAAGAGAGUUUCAGUUAGAGGAGCAUUGGUUGGUGACAAUCAACAGAAACAAGUGGCUGGAAGAAUUGUUAUCGACGACAAAGAUGAAUACUCUGUGACUGGAGAAUGGAUCAGAAUAAGGAAAGGACAGCUUUAUACUUACAAUCCAUACAUUGAAAUCAUCAUACCAAAUAUGGAAAAUAUCAGACUCAGCAGUUCUGUUGAAUAUGUUGUCGGCAAAAGUUUCAACGGUGAAUUGACCGUAAAGGGGCUAUCUAAGCAACCCAUUCAGUCAAAAGUAAACCUGAUUUCCAAGAAAGCAAUGUCUUCCAUAAAAACAUCCAUCUCCUUUGAACCUGGGAAGGAUUAUAGUUUUGAAAGCAGAUUGCAGAAUACACAAACAAAGAAAGCAACAAAGUUGAUGCCUUAUUUGUCCAUCCGUACACCAAAGGAGGAAGUCACAGCCCUUGGAGGAUCAAUGGAAUAUAAAAGUGGUUCUCUUAUUUUGGUGGACAUUACACUUGACAGGCUUUUGGAUAAAACCGUAAAAGUGUUUACAAAACUAACGAGAACUUUGAGGAAAUCAAACGCCAGGUAUCAGUCAAAAGUUGACAUCAGAACUCCACUUCUAAGAGCAAAAGGAACUUCAAAUAUUGUACUUCAGAAAACUGCUGUAAUUACCAGAGUUAAUCUAGAUUACGUUAUUCCAAGAAUCAGCAGGGACAAAAUAACAGUCAACAGUAAAAUCAAUUAUGGUUUCACCAAGAGUGUCUGGUCAUUGGCUGGCAAAGGAUCUUUAACUUUCAAGAAGAAUGCUGACUACAAUGUUGUUAUCAACACAGACAUGAACAACAAAGCAAGAUUGACAAAAGUGAACUUUGACCUUAGAUAUGGUGCAAAACCAAAGGAUGAAAACAAGCGUAUCUUUGUUACAUCAUUAGUACGUCACGAACUGGGAUGGAAGAAAUCUGAAUUAGAUAUAACUGGUGAUAUUAGACAUCUGGCUCUGGGAUUAGAUCUUAAACUGAAAGGAAAGCAUUCUCACAAUCCAAAGAGUAUUAAUUCUAAUUUUGGGUUAUCAUACGGCAAGAAGCAAUCAGUAUCUGCUGCAUUGGUAAUGAAGAACAAGUCCAAAAAAUUUACAUCCUUAACUGGGGAUGUAAGUCUGAAAUGGAAUGAUAAAGACUUUUCUAUUGCUAACAAUUUUGAACAGAAGAACAAAAGGAGAUAUACCAAUGAGUUGAUUUCAAACAUUGCUGGACACAAAACAAAAGUUGUAAGUGAUCUUAAACUUUCUGAUGAAGAGUAUGACGUCAGCUCUGAUAUAAGUAUGUCCGGACAGAAGCCAGUCCAUCUUGAAGCACUGCUCAACCUAGAUCCAAGAAACUUCCGUGUCAAAUCUCGACUAAAUAAUGACUAUUCGGUAGAAUUUGGUUCUCAAUACAAAAAAGCAGCACUUUUACGACUUUCUGGUGAUGUUUCUGUGCCUUCAAGAAAAGUCAAAGGUGAAUUUGAAGCAAAGAAGAAGGGACCGAUCUAUGUUGGACAUUUGGACAUUCAAUGGGAUGCUAAUGCAGACAAGGACAAACAAAUAUUUGUUGACACUCAAAUCACAUACAACAACAUUCAAGAUAUUGAUGCAAGCCUUGUAUUCAGAAGUCCACUGCAAAAUAACAAAAUCAACAUCAAUCGCAAAAACGAAAAUGCACAUUUUGACAUAAAAUCUGACGGAAAAGAACAACUAUCUGUUGACGCAUCUUUGAAACAGAAAAAUGGUAACGAUCAAGUCAAAAUCGAUGGCAGCUUAACAGUACAUACUGCAUCAAAAGGAUUAAGAUAUGUUAAACUUGGCAUGAACCAUUUGUCAGACCCAAGCGAAUAUAAAACAAACUUUGAUGUCAACUGGAAACCAGAUAACCAAAUAUCGGCUGCUUUUUCCCUGAAAAAACCAGUGAGCAUUCGUCAAUUACAAGGAUCUCUAAACAUCAAGACACCAUUUAAUGAAUUUGAAACCUCGUCCCUAGAAAUUUCCCAUGAUGCUAAAGACUCCUUGAAAUCCCUUGUAACUGUUCAGGUAAACAAGAAUUCUAUACGGGUUGAUGCAUCUGCAAAGAAAGAAAACAACAUAUACUUGGGACAUGCUGGUGUCAAAUCUAACAUUCGAUCCAUCCAAACCGUAUCUUUAGACUUUAGUCAUCAAAGUAAGGAUACAACUAACGAAAACAGCCUAGUUCUUAAUAUUAAUGGAAAUGAAUACAGAUACAAAGGUAAACUCACACAUGAUAGAGCAGGUCUUAUGAUCCAGCAGAGCGGUAAACUAUCUCUUUCUUCACCAACAAGCCGAUACGAUUCUACAUGGCAACACAGUAAUACACUCAAUGAUAUUACAACAGUCAUCACAACCAACAUUAAUGGAGAGCAUUAUGGUUUUAACAUUAAGGGCAGACAUAAUAUUGCAUGGAAAGAAGCAUCCGUUCAGUAUACAUUGACCUCCACAACUCCAUUUGGAAAAGGACAACUUAUGGUUAGUCAUUUACAUAGAGACAGUUCCAUGGACACCAUUCUCUCGAUGAGCCACAAUAGCAAAAACCUUUUUACAAGUGAAGGUCAUCUUAAAACUGAAAAUGGUGAACUCAUUGCUACCGGGAAUCUCUUACUGAAAGGUGAACAAAUGGUUGCAAUAGAAGGACGAUUGAAAACCGGAUCUCAGAAAUAUGUUUUGGUUACAUUAUCUACACCAUUUGAAUCAUUUAGAAGACUUAGAACAGAGAUGGAAUUUAAAGGAAAUACGAAGGCAAUGACCUCCUCUGCCAGCUUUGAACUACAACCAAUUGUAAGAAGAAUUCAACUCAAGUCUACAUUUAACAGAAUUGGUGGUGUGUCUGGUAAUGUAAGACUCGAAACUCAAUACCAACAACUUCCAGCCAGUGAAAUAACCUUCUCAAACCGCCCUGAGAAUGACAAAUCGAGAACCGAUAUCAAGGUUGAAUACUUACCAGGAAAGAUCGUAUCAUUGACAUCAAGAACCCUUUUAGAUGGACAAAGGCUAAGUGCUGAUGUCAGUAUUGCAACUCCUUUUGAAAAAUUACAACGUUUAACAGCCGGUAUAACACACGAACCUACCGUCAAAGGAUGCAUUACGAAAGUUGAGAUGGAGUAUCCAGAAGGAAAAACUUACUAUGCUGAGCUUGCUGUUGAAUACAACAAAAACUACCAAGCUGCAGUCACAAUACGUCUUCCUAAUUACCAUCCAGUAACGGCUACUUUGAGCCACAAAGGAACAUGGAAUCAAUUCGUAUCUGGGGCUUACUUACAGUAUGACAAAAAUGGCAAACAUCAACUGGAUAUCAGUUACCAUAAUGGAAAUAGUCUCCAAGGUUCCUUCACUAUGAAGUCAUCUCUUGUUGAAGAUACCAUUGCUUCCUUCUCUCACAGUGGAAAUAGAAAAAGCAUUAAUUCUAACAUUCUCAUAAAAUACGGGAAGAAUAAGCCAAUCAAUGUAGACAUAGAAAUGACAAAUGCCAAAAGAAUGAAAGGAACAUUAAAGGUUGCAUCUCCGAUCAUGGAUGAUAUCACAGUUCUCUUUGUACACAAAGGCAAAAGUACAAGUUUCAAGACAAAAGCAAAGAUUGGAUGGGGAAAGAAGGAGGAAAUUGAAGGAGACCUGACAUUCAACUUUAUAACAAAUCUGAAGGCAGACGUUUCAAUAUCCACACCGUUCAAGAGCAUCAGAAAAAUGUCCGCUUUUGUAACACACGACGGGAAUUUACGGGACUUCAAAUGUCAGUCGGAAUUGAAAAUCGGGAAACAAGUUUGGGGUGCUAAUGUUAAAUCAACGGUUGAUCCAAAACUAGUAACAGAGCUUACUGUCAACACACCUCAUGACGGAUAUGAAAAGAUGAGAGCCGCCUUUACACAUAACGGUCAACUUUCUAACUUUAAAUGUCAUCUGGAAGUUUCAAAGAACAAAAAAGACAUUAUUGGUGACUUGCAAUUUACAUCUCAACCAUUGAUUCUAUCUGCAACUCUUCAAACACCGGUGAAAAAUUAUGGCAAUCUUAAGGCGUUACUCAGUCAUGAUGGUCCACUUAGUAACUUCCGUACUCAAGCAGAAAUAACUUACUCUGAUUCUAAAACUAUAACACUAGAUACAUUAGUCAGCACAAAUGACCGAUUAACUGUUUCUGUUGAUAUAAAGAAGCCAUUCCAGGAAUAUGAAGAAAUGACAGCCAAACUUUCACACUCUGGAACUUCCAAUAAUUUUGCCUCACGACUAGAAACUCUCCUCCAGAAAAAAAGAAGUCAAUUUGACGUUUCAUUCUCUAGUCUUGGUCCAAUUGAAGGAAAACUUACCCUUAUUACUCCACAAUAUGAACCUGUUAGGAUGUCGUUAUCGCAUAGUUUUGAGACAUCCCUCACCAACCAAGUUUCAUUGACAUAUGGAAGAAAAGAUAUUUUAAAUAGCAGAAUUUCGUAUCAAAAUGAACCAAAAUUGAACGGAAAAGCUACCUUUAUAUCCUCAUUUACACCUGACAUGUCAGUAUCAUUUGAACACAGCGGGAACCUUCGACGAUGCGUUUCAAACAUCAAAGGGGCAUAUGGAAAAAAAUCAGCUCAAGCAGAUCUUAAUCUUAGUACUGACGAAGACUUUUCAGUUCGACUGAACAUGAAAACACCAUUCGAUAUUUUAAGAUCAGGAGAACUCACUAUUAACCAUAAAGGACAACUAAAUGACUUCGAGAGCACAGCAGAUAUAGACAUCAAUUCCCAAAAGAUCAGUGGAAUAGCAAAAUUUUCAACUAACAAUGGAAUUCAAGGAAGAACCACACUUACUACUCCAUAUGAAAUGUUCCAUAGUGCAGAAAUGUCAUUUAAACAUUCUGGACAGUUGAGAGAUUUUGAAUGUUCAGGUGAAUAUGUGCAAAAUGGAAAGAGAUCAGAAGGACAGCUAACACUGAGAACUUCUGGAGGUCUGAAUGUAAGGGCAUUCAUAAAAACGCCAUACUCUGAAGAUAUCACUCUUAAGGUAAACCAUGAAGGAGAACUAAGACGGUUCGUAUCAAAUGGUGAAUUGAGUUACGGUUACAAGACAGGGUCUGCCCAGGUAUCAGUGGAUGUGUUAAGAGAUAUUAGAAUAAACGGCUUCUUGAAAUCUCCCUUUUCACGUGAUGUAGUCAUAAGUACUGAGACCGCAGGAAAACUGGUGGACUUUACAUCCGUAUCUCAGCUUACUUACAGUGGACAGAAACAACACGAACUUGAAAUUUCUUUCAAUGCUGAAGGCUCAAUCAAAGCAGGGAGAACAAAUUUUGACGGUGCAUACAAUAAGAAAAAGGUUUCGGGAAAAUUUUCGUUCAGCGCACCAAAAGGAAUACAAGAAAGGAUUGAAGCAACUGGACACAUUGAAACGCCAAUAAGUGAACCAGUAUCAAUUUCACUUAUGUUCAACAACAACAAUGAACAAGGAAACACAUAUCACUUCCAAACACAAGCUGAAUUAACAUACAGUGGUACCAAACAACAUGCAGUUCUUGCUAACUUUCAUCAUGCUGGCCCACUGAAAGCAUUUACAACCUCUGCUGAUGUGACAUACAACACAAAGAAAUCAGCUGUGCAAGUUAGUUUCGACUCAAAUGUGAACAUUGAAGGAAAAGCAACUCUAAAAACACCUUUCAUGGAUGACAUUGUUCUGUCUUUCGGUCACAAUGGACAUCCUUUGAACUUUAAAACUCAGGCUGGGCUUACAUACAGUGGUGCCCAACAACAUGCAGUCCUUGUUAACUUCAAACAUACUGGUGUACUGAAAGCAUUUACAACUUCUGCUGAUAUCACAUACAACACAAAAACAGCAUCUGUCCAAGUCAGUCUUGAAUCAAACUUGAAUAUUGAAGGAAAAGCAAUAGUAAAGACACCUUUCACAGAAGAUAUCGUUCUUUCAAUCGGCCACAGUGGACAACCUUUGAACUUUAAAACGCAGGCUGCUCUCACAUACAGUGGUCGCAAACAACAUGACAUUUCUGCUACCUUUAGUCACGAUGGAUCACUUAAGAAAUUUUCUACCAGCUCCAAUUUUGUUUACAAUACAAAGAGAGUUACUGGAUCAGUAUUAUUUGAUAGUACAAAUGGAGUCAAAUCAACAGUUUCAUUGAACACUCCUCUGACCAAACCCCUUCGUGCAUCAUUUUCACACAAUGGUCAAUUGGUUGAUUUUAACAAUCAAUUUGAUGUGACGUAUGGAGGCUCUAAAAUGUAUGAAAUUAUUACAGAUUUCAAAUUUGAAGGCGAAUUAAAAAAAUUCCAGUCAUCGGGAUCACUUACUUACAACAGAAAAACAAUUUCGAGUGAUGUGAAUUUGGAUAUAUUGAACGAUCCAGAGGGAACAGUAACUUUACGAACGCCUUUCACUGAUGAUAUAACAGUUUCAUUCUCUCACCAAGGGACUCUACAUAAUUUCAUCAGUCACGGAGAGAUCGGUUACAAUGGUAGAAAACAGCAUGAAGCCAAUAUUGUACUCCAGAAUGGUAAAAAGAGAGUAUUUGUAGAAUUGUCAUACAAUACUAAGGUAGCAUCAGUAGAAGCAACAUUAGAAAAAUCUACAGGAAGAAAAGGCAGGAUUGAAAUAAAAAGUCCAUACACAAAAGAUAUUGAAUUGGAAGUAGACCAUAGAGGGGAAUUGUUGAACUUUAAUACGAAGGGAGAAAUAACCAUCAGCGGAAAGAAAGAACAUGAGGUUUAUGUUGCAUUUGAGCAUAAUGGAGACAUGAUAAAUUUCAGAACUUUCGGCGAAGCAUCUUAUAAUACCAAGAAAGUGUCAUCAGAACUACAAUUUGACUACACAGACGGUAUUAAGACAAAGGGUACUUUGAAAACUCCAUUUACCAACGACAUAGAAAUUAUAAUUGACCAUAAGGGCUCUGCUAGUAAUUUUAAGUCACAAGCUGAUAUUUCAUAUAGCGGAUCUAAACAACAUGAGGCCGUCAUAACAUUUGGAGGGUCUGGUAAACUACAGAAAUUCCAGUUAUCAGGAGAUGCUACAUAUAACGGAAAGAAAUUCACCACUUCAGCUAAAACCGACUUUACUAGUGGAAUUGAAUUAGAGGCACGUAUGUCAACACCAUUCACUGAUGAUAUGGAAAUCUUCCUUGACCAUCAAGGCACUUCAUCCGAGCUCAGAUCACAAGCUAGUGCAACCUACAGCGGAAGUAAACAACACGAAAUUAUUUCGACACUUAAACGUACUGGCACAUUAAAACAAUUCCACGUAUCUGGUGAAGUUCGAUACAAUGAUAAACUAUCUGCUUUAACUGUCAAUAUGGACACUACCUCAAAAGUAUCUGCAAAUGUGGUCCUCCAAUCCCCAAUAUCUAAGGAUAUUCAGAUAGAAGUUUCCUUCGAUGGAACAAUUGAAAACUUGAAAACUAAGGCUGGGAUUCAAUAUGGUGAAGAAAAACAUGAACUUUUAUCAAAUUUCAAUCUAGAUUUACCAAAUGGUUUAGAAAUAGAGAUUGACAUACAAUCACCUAUCAGAAACAUGAAAGCAUCAGUUUCUCACGAGUUCAGAGGUACUUUGAAAAACUUCCGUUCAAAUAUCAAAUUAACCCUAAAUGACAAAGAAAUCAACUCAAAAACUAAUUUUGAUAUUUCUAGUGGACUUGAUAUUACGUUGGAGACACCGUUUUCUGGAUAUGAAAGAAAUACAGCUCUACUUCAAUUUUCAAACGUGCAAUCUCUCAUUUCUGGAAAGGCAGUUACGAAAAUUGGAAAACAUAGAACUCAACUUAAUGGCAAAAUUGAUACAUCAAAUGGUUUAAAAAUCGAACUGUGUAUAAAAACACCACUAACUGAAGAUUUCGAGGUGAUUAUAAACGGAAAUGGAGGUCUGCAUGCAUUCAGAUACGUAUCUUCCGUUAGCUACGGAAAAGAAAAAGUGAGAGGAGAAGUCAACCAUGAAUGGUCCUCAGAAGUAUUCAAAGGGAACAUGCUGCUAUCAACACCUAUUCUAGAAGACAUCAAAAUAGAAUAUGACGUAAAUGGAAAUCCGAAAUCCUUCGGAACAACAGUAAAGGCAUCCAUUGGUGACAUGAAUGGAAUUGAAGAAAUAACCACCGUAAGACUAGGAGAGAUGUCAAUAGUUUUCGAUACAACACUUAAAACCACUUUAUCUGGAAAUGUAAAAUCGUCUCAGCUUAGAUUUUCACAUGAUGGUUCCAUUUCUAGUUUUAAAACAAACAUUGAGGCAACACAUGCCGACAUGACAAUCAAAGCCGAUGCAUCCUUUAAACACCUUCCAUCUAUCGAGGGUACACUAAGCUUACAAACACCGUUUGAGAAACUAAGAGUUGUGAAUAUCAAGAUUGAACAAACUGGAUCUGUGAAGUCUUUCACAACAACCGGAAGUCUUCAAUAUGCACCCGACAGAAAACUUGAAGGUAGAUAUCGUCAUGAUUUCAAAGCAGACAGUCUCACUUCAUCUGCAUCUUUGGCGCUCAAUGAAAAUAGGCCUCUUAUUAACGGAAAUCUCAAGAUAACACAAGAAAUUGUCGAUAUUUCAUUGAAUACACCACAAAACAGAUAUUCCGUCAAUGCAGACAUGAAAAUGAAAGAUGACACCUACUCACUAUCCGGAAAUGCUGCAAUUGGAGAGAAAAAGAUAACUAUUGCCAUGGAAAAAACUCCAUCCUCAAUCAACAUAAAUCUUGAUACGCCAAUCAAAGGAUACGAGAAAACACAAAUUAAAGCAUCUGCCUCAAGAAAACCAUACAAUGCUGCACUUAAUAUACAGACAUCAUACUUAUCUGAUAUUGAAUUUGAUGCAAGCCUUACUGGCCAGAGAUUCGAUGAGUUAGAUGGAUCCCUUACGCUUAAAACUGGAUUAUAUAAUUUGCGAAAUCUACGGAUAUCCAUUAAAAAUGACCACAAAUUUGAAGAACUAAAAUCGCACAUCGAAGCAUUUUUGACUGAGCGCAACGGAAUAACAAUAGAUGCAUCUCUCACAAAGACAGACUGUUCACUAUCAGUGUCUACCCCUUGGGAAUCACUCCGAACAGCUGAUGGAUAUAUAAAAUACGACAGGCUUAGCAAAGCAAAGCAUUUGAUAGUAGCAACACAUAUGAAAAUCAACCAAGAAACAUUGUACGAUGUUGAUUUCGAGUUUGAUAAUGAGGAAAGAAAGGAAAUAACACUGAUAAUUAAUAUCAAUGAACCAAGACAGCUGAGGUUUGAAUUAAAUAAGCUGUUUACCUCAGAAACAUACAUGCUUUUAAAAUGGAACAAGCAAGGUAGAGACAGAAGUUGCAGAAUGGAUGUUAAAUUCAAUUCAGAUUGGUCCGACAGAAAACAGAUUGUAAGCUAUCGAGGUGCAUGUGGAUCUAAAUCUUACAGCAUUGGAGCAUCGUAUCUCCGUCCUGAUGAAUCGUCCAAAAUGGUUCUAUUUAUAGAGAAAGAUGAUAGCAGAACACAUGGAAUAGAAACAAUAUUUGAAAAGAACGGACAAGCAAAAUACACUCUACAACUACCAUCUAGGACAGUUGUAUUGUCAACCGUAUCAUCAGGAUAUGGACUAAGCAGUCAAGUAUUUGAUUUCUCGUGGGAUGCAGAAAGAGACCAAAACAAAAGAGUAGUAAUUAAGACCAGAUCUGAUGGAGAUGAACUAACACUAGGUUUAGAAAUGCCAAGUCUUGGCAAGGACCUUCAACUAGAUUACAAAAUGUUGAUUGGAAGUGGAAACGUUAUUUAUGAUGGCCGUACUGCAUUCAGAUACUCAAAAGAUUCUCGUAAAACUUUUACCUUGAGUUCAAAAUUAGAAGAUGUAUCAGGUCGUGGGGAGAAUUACAAGUUCUUACUUGGUAUCAGUCAUCCAUAUACUACAGUGGACAUCCAAACAAAAGCAGUUUUCGGAAAAUCUAAUGACAAACUCUCAGCUGAUUUUGAUAUUCAAUACCUGACUGCAAGACGUCAAACAAAGAACAUCGCCUUAAUAACCGAGAUUGAUAAACUCAAACGUCAACUCAAUAUACAGGUUCGUUCUCCAAUCAAAACAAUGAAAAUAGAUGCCCGUGUUGAGACGUCACCUUUCAAACUGACAAUCAAAAAUCUUUAUGAUGAUACCAAACCAAUCAAUACAGAGCUGACGGUUGAUCCUAAUGAUGGGAGUCUGGAUUUUAACAUGAACUACGAUAUCAAAAACCCAGAUAAAACACUUCAUGUGAAUGCUAAAUUCUCAGACGAGAAAGGAAUAUCUGCAGAACUCUUCAGAAAUGUAAAUCAGAAGAAAACAGUAGACAGCUUGCUAAAUCUUCGAUUAAAAUCUUCAAAGAUUCUGCAUACACGUGUUCACUGGCGUCCAUCAAUUAUCAGUGAUCUCAAGGCUGAAAUAACAAAAAGAAUAGAAGAAUAUGGAAUACGAUCUGCUAUGGCCGUUGAAGAGUCUUCUGGUGAAAUAAACAAAGAAAUAGUAUAUAAGAGACGAUUAUUCCAAGCUGCCUAUACAGAAGAAAUCAAGUCCUAUGCUGAUGCCAUCAAUGAUAAACUGUCUGAACUCAGAACAUUGAAAGAAAAAAAUGCCUUUUACCUUCAAGACAUUUGUAAUUCAGUUGAUACAACCAUGAACAGAAUUGGGGAAUUAUCGGAAGACUUAAAUGAAGCUUGGGGGAGAUGCCCAGUCAAACACACAAUAGAUGAAUAUAUGACCAGUCUUGAACAACUACAACAGAGACUGGAUGCCUACUCAAAAGAUACUUAUAUAAGCAUGGGUGGCCAGUUGAACAGCAUUUCAACAAAUUCUUAUCAGAGAAUACUUGAUUACCAAAAUUCUGUUGGAAAUCACCAAACUGUUGUCAAUUUAAAAUCAAAAUAUAACUCUUAUAUGGAUCAGCUUAAAAAUAUGAAAUUAAAUGAGCAAUGGUCUAACGUUGCCAACCAGUAUACAUCAAGCAUAUAUAACAUCAGAGAGGGUAUCAACCAAAGACUUGUAAACUCGUUACCAACACCAAUGUACAACAUGGGAUCAUCUGCAUACAAAUACUGGGAAUUUGAAGAAAACGUAAAUGCACUAGUUGACAAAAUAUUUGAUGAAUUGAAAAAAGAUGCCACUAAGGAGAUGUCUGUUUUAAAAGAGAUUUUCGGAAAUGUACUCAAAUCCAAAGUUAUUAAAUACGAUUUACUAAAUGGAGAUAUUGAAGUAGAUUUGUACCUUCCCGUUGAUGUACACACUUUCAGCUCAUUAAAAGACAUUUCUUUGAGACAAUACAUUCCAGAUAUGAGCUUUCCAACUCCAAAAGUAAAUUUCCUUGGAUCUGUGGAGGAUUACAUACCACACAUGUCCUGGACAGCAAGUGCAAAAGUACAUGGCCGACACUUUACAACUUUCGAUGGUCAAGAAUUUGACUUCAGUGGUCGAUGUAGUUACGUUCUUGCACGAGAUUUUGUAGACGGCAACUUCAGUAUCAUCUUGAACUACUUGGGCAGACAAAAGAAGAAGUUAAUCUUGACUUCUCACCAACAAAAUGUUCAAUUAUCACCAAAUGGAAAGGUCAGUGUAGACGGUGUAGUUAUGGAUCUACCUUACAGAUCUUCAGAAUUUGCAGUUUUCUCUGAAGAUGGUAAGGUGUUCAUUGAAGGACGUGGGUUCCAAGUCAAAUCCGACCCAACCGUAAAUAAUGUCGACAUUGAUUUGAGCAAGUGGUACUUUGGUAAAACAGGAGGACUUCUUGGUACUCUGAACCAUGAACGUUACGAUGAUAUGAUCAUGCCAAACAAACAAAUUACAUCCGACGCUUUUGCUCUAGGAAACGCAUGGCAGGUUCAAGAUAGAUGUUGAAUGAACAUUUCAAACUCUGAAAUACCAUGAAAAAGCAAACUGUGAUUACUAACUUUUAAUUUAUAUUUUGGAUAUUGUUGUGAAACUUAUAAUAAAAUAAAACAAUUUUAAGCAUUGAUAAA